GGGGUGCUUUAAGAGACUCGCGCAAUAGCACUCAUCAAAUAGUCGCCCCGACAGGAGAGCGCAUGAGCAACACAUGCUACCAGCAAGAGCGCACAUCAUAGAGCACGAAGUUUGACCAACCCUGUCUCUUCUAACAAUAACGACGCGUUGUCACCCCUCAAGAACUCAGGUUGUGUUUUAAGGGGAGGAAGCAGGGAAGUCGCGUGGAGGAGAAGCAGUUAGUCUUGGGUUACAGACCUGGAUUAAUGCUUGGCUUAGGACACCAGAGGAAACCAACUCUUCUCUCAGAGGAUCCUUUUCUUCAACACAGUAAUACCCUACCGAGGACUCAGGGCCUUUGACAGUUAUCAUCAGUGACUGUUGAAACCCAUUCACAGACAGAUGGACAUCUUUCACCACGUAUUUAAUCCUAAAAGUACACACCAUAUAGGGAGGGUGAGAGUGUUUACUUGUUAGACCCACACUGGGCUAUAGACAUAGCUCUGCUUUUCAAACCCACUAACUGCCCCUUCCCUGGAGAAAAGGCUUACUUAGCAUCUAAUGCUGUGCGUUGCUUUCACAUUCAGCAUCAUUGAUCCACUGAUCCCCCCCCUCUGAUCUGAUUAGCCUUUUAGCCUCUCAUAUUGUUUACGCAAGUAUAUACACACACACAGGCACAUGCUGCUGUCAUGCUGUCAGCUCGUUUACACAUCUACGUCUCGCCUGGCUGUGAUUAGCAUCCACUACAGACAACACCUGGGUAUAUCGCAUCUGUACACAAUUAGCUCCCAUUGAGGAACCUGGGUAGUACUACUAGUACAGUACGCUGUUGCCCUGUGCUGUACUGCUGUGUUUAUCCACACAGACAGGUGCCUGUGUCAUGUCCGGUCUGUCAAGGUGGAUGUCUGUGUGAGAGAGUGGAUACGACAGGGCUCUGAUAAACACAUGUUCUGUAGUCAUCUACUACUGCCUAUGGGUCGGUCACUGUGAGCGGAAGAGGUACUGGUACUGAUCAUACUGUCUGUCUAUAACCCUGUCAGAAGGGAUCAAGAUCAAAUCUCUCUUGAAGAAGACACUUAAUCAAAAAAGACUAACCUGGAUUAACAAAGGCUGAAUAGAACAUAUCACUGUCCAUCCGUCCCUCCGUACCCCUUUGGCCCACUACCUCCACCAUCCAAUUUGUGUGCCAUUUCUGCCACCGGACCCCUUGGAGGAUGAAUGAUGUCCCCACUCUGGACUAUGAGCUGCUGCUGUCCCCUGGGCCCUCCCUUCCUGGGGCCCCCAGCAGUCCUCCUCUGGUGGGGGGUGACGCAGAGCAGAGGACGGCCUUUGCCUUCGUGGGGCUCCUCAUGCUCUUCCUUGUCUUCCUGCUGGUGCGCUGCUUCCGCAUCCUGCUGGACCCCUACAGCCGCAUGCCAUCCUCCUCCUGGACCGAACACAAAGAGGGUGCAGAGAGGGGGCAGUUUGACUACGCCCUGGUCUAGACCUGUGUCGUGUUCAUUAGGCACCAAACGGACUGAAACAGAGAGGGACUACCAGAACUUGUCCAAUAAGGAAGGCUUGUUUUUGUUUUUUCUGUUGCACAACGUUUUGCUACGGUGUUCCCUAAUGAAAACGACCCUGGUAGGGUUUAAAGGGGGCAGUUUGACUGGCCCUGCUGUAGAAACAUACAAGUAUUCAGACUGGAGCUCUCAAGACCCAGACAAAGAUCAGAACCCUCAAGACCCAGACCGAGAUCAGAACCCUCAACACCCAGACCGAGAUCAGAACCCUCAAGACCCAGACCGAGAUCAGAACCCUCAUAACCCAAACCGAGAUCAGAACCCUCAAGACCCAGACCGAGUUCAUAACCCUCAAUAGCCAGAUCGAGAUCAGAACCCUCAAGACCCACACAGAGUUCAGAACCCUCAAUACGCAGACAGAGUUCAGAACCCUCAAGAGCCAGACCGAGAUCAGAACCCUCAAGACCAAAACAGAGUUCAGAACCCUCAAUACCCAGACAGAGUUCAGAACCCUCAAUACCGAGACAGAGUUCAGAACCCUCAAGACCCAGGCUGAGAUCAGAACCCUCAAGACGCAAACAGAGUUCAGAACCCUCAAGACCCAGACCGAGAUCAGAACCCUCAAUACCCAAACAGAGAUCAGUACCCUCAAGACCCAGACCAGAACCCUCAAGACCCAGACCGAGAUCAGAACCCUCAAGAGCAGCCUCCUUGAAACUCAGACCAAGAGGUAGAAAGGGGCUAUACUGCACUGCUGCCUUAAAACCCUCUGCUGCAUCUCCCCCUGCUGUAGUCCCUGUAGACUGGCUAAAAUGCAGGGGAGAGCUACCAAGCCAUUUCAAACAUCCUGUGAUCUGGGAUUACAAACAAGAUCUCUUAACUACAGAAUAAACCUAGACAUAAUAGUAUCUUGCAGUAUUUACAUCUCACCUGUUUCUGCACCUCCAGUUGAUGAUUUGUUACAGUAUAUUCAGUAGUUACGACCUUUUUAACCAAUAUUAUUCUCUGACAGAUUAUUAUUAUAUUACAACUGUGUUUACAGAUACAGUCACCUCUUUAAGAAACCAAACGGGUGAUUUGUCUUCAUAGAAAUAUUAUUAGUGUGUUUUGUGUCUGUAUAACUGAAACAAAGCCAUAUAUUUACUAUCUAUAUCUACAUAUUCUUUGGUUGACCUGUUUGCUUUAGCCACCCUGCCAAGCUUGGUGAAAAUGAACUCUACAACUGCGACUUUUAGAAAGACCAGAAAUACUUUAUUUUUGUAUUCCGACUCAAGUUUGGAGUCUCCUUUUGCUAGUGUUUUCUGUGGUUUGUAGCUCUCUCAAUCUUAUCGUUGGACUGUGAUUCUUGAGGUAGCCAGGUCUUGGGACGAGGGGAGUCAGAGCAGGCAGCUUUGCUUGCGUUUUCAAGAUUUGUAAGUAGAUAUAUUUCCUAACUGCUUUGUUUUUGCUACGCAAAGUUUCAUUCUGUGAAAUAAA